GUCGCAGUGAAGGCGAUCGAGCGGCUCGGAGAGAAGGUGUCCAGCAUAUUCGAGGCUCAGAAAGAAAAGACGAACGAGAAGACACAGAACUACGACGCUAUGCAGCUCGAGAUGGCGAGCCUUCGAGCUCGUGCGGAGGAGAUGGAGUCCAACAUCUCGAGGUUCCGCGUGCGCGAGUCCAAUCUGAAAGAGGAGAUGCAGGUGUUGCAGAGCGAUCGUAGAGCAGGCAAGCGACAUUCCGACGAAGCGGCUGCCUACCGCACAGCCAUGGAGAAGGCGCAUGACGAGCUUCGCACGGUGAGGAACGAGCUCAAAAGUGCUACCAAGGAGGUAGGGCGUUUGUCGCACCAGCUCCGUGAGAAGAGUGUUGAGUUGGAGAAGGUGCAGAAGGCCAUGGGUGCGGAGAUCGACGCACGGAAGAGGACCAAGGACCAACUUGAUGACCAGCAACGCGGCUACGAGGAGGCACAGCAGAGACUUGCCCGUGCCGGAGAUGUCGAAGCUGCCCUCCGGCAAGAACUGGCGAAUGUCCGCUCGGAGCUUGAAGAUCUCGAGGAACGAGAGGCCAAGAGCAACGAGAUGGCUGCGGACAUCGAAGAGGAGAUGAACCAGUUGGCCGACCGGGUGAGAGAAGCCAAGAAGACAAUGAAAGACUUGGGCGAGAAGAAGAAGCGUCGGUUCUGGCCGUUCCGCUAA